AUGAAUUCGUCAAUGCAACCAACAGACGUUUACGGAGGAGAUGAAGUAUCAGCCAUUGUAAUUGACCCUGGGUACUCAAGUAUACGCGCUGGCUUUGCAGGAGAAGAUACCCCCAAAUCAUUCAUCAACUCACAUUACGGCGUUCGCGAUGGUCAAUCAUAUUACGGAGACAAUGCGAUUCACAACCCCAGCGCGAACCUCGAAAUCCGCAACCCAAUGAACAAGGAUGGUAUUGUUGAAGACUGGGACACUGCAGAACAAUUGUGGAAAUAUGCUAUUACUUCACGACUUACGAGUUUCAAGCAGGCGGACCCUAGAACCAAUGGACUAAACGAUAAGCCGGAGGAUAUGGAUCUUGAUAUGGAUGUGGAAGAGAAACCAUUAGAGGAACAUCCAUUGUUGAUGACGGAAACCGCAUGGAAUACAACCAAGUCGCGAGAGAAGGCCAUUGAAGUAGCUAUGGAAUCCUGGGGCGCUCCCGCCUUCUGGCUCGCGCGAAACAGCGUCCUCGCAGCAUUUGGAGGCGGCAAGGCCACAGCAUUAGUAGUCGAUGUCGGUGCAUCAAACGCAUCAGUUAUCGCCGUACACGAUGGAAUUAUACUCAAGAAAUCGAUACAAAGAUCUCCUCUCGCUGGCAAUUGGCUAUCCUCACAAAUCCGCACCCUAUUCAACACCGUAGAGCCCAAAGUUGAGCUCACUCCACAUUUCAUGAUAUCAUCCAAAAUCCCCGUCGACGCAGGUGCCCCAGCUCAAGCUACAUACCACAAAUUCAAGAUCCCUCCUACGCCCGGCUUCCGCGCCCUCGAAGAAGAACGUGUUUUGACAGAAUUUAAAGAAUCGGUUGUACAGGUCUGGGGUGGACCAAAUCGAUUGAAUCACACUCACACCACCGGACCCGUAUCUACGAAUGUGGAACAUGCGAAGCAGCAACCAGGUCGCGUAUUCGAGAUGCCGGAUGGUGCGAACCAGAUGUGGGGUAUAGAGCGUUUCAAUGUUACAGAAGGUAUGUGGGAUGAAAAGGCCGCGUUACCUACAGACCACGAGUCUGCUCCUACAAAGGGCCAGACUAUUCCUGAAAUGAUCAAGGCUUCAAUUGCGGCGGUUGAUAUGGAUCUACGGGCGCAUUUGUUGCAGAAUAUUAUUGUCACAGGUGGUAGCACGCUGCUUAAUGGGUUUACGGAUCGUUUGAAUAGCGAGUUGGCACUUCUAUAUCCAGGUGCGAGAAUCAAGUUGCAGGCUGCAGGACUUACACAAGAGAGAAGAUUUGGUUCCUGGAUUGGAGGGAGUAUCUUGGGGAGUUUAGGAACGUUCCACCAAAUGUGGAUCUCGACGAAGGAAUAUGAGGAAUUUGGUGCGAGCAUCGUGGAGAAGAGAUGUAAAUGA